AUGUUGCCCUCGGUAGCACCGUUUCCGCCUGUUCAACCACAUCACCACCUUAAUCACCACCACGGUACCGACGCCGUUGAUGUCCCUUACGACUUUAAUCUCACGACCUCCUUCCCCGCAACGUUAAACCGCACCGAUACGAACUCAUUAUCGUCCUAUCAGUCGGUACCUCGAAGUCGAUUACAGUACCAUCCCGUUCAACGCCUCGGAGUUCCCGAUGCCGCGGCCCAGAUCUCCGGUUCUAAAAGCGCUGGUGAGCAUGCCUUGAGGAGAAAGACACCCAAUGGAACUCUUGCAGCUGGAUACGAUGGAACCCCCGGGGAUACAACGAUUCAGCCUCCGGCAACCAAACAUAUUCUAGUGUCGCCCUUGGAAUCUGCUCAGUUGGUGCCCCCGCAGACUGGGUUUUCGAUGGACACCUGGGGGCAACCUUCAUUGGAUCAAUCAUCAUCCGCGAAACACAUGAACUUCCCGCCGGUCUACAAGAACGAUUCGAACCGGGCCAAUGCUCCUCCUGCGGAUAUGCUUCACGGUCCGACUGGGGCCAGUUGGAUUCGCUCUUUGAACUAUGCACCCGGAGUGGACUCGAUGCUCAAUCAAUCAUUGCCAAUGCAGCCCUCCCAGCAACGGUUCUACUGGCAGAAUGGCUCUUAUGUCCCCACCGUUCUUCCGGCAACCCUCCAGCCAUGCGGUGGUCCCACGGCCUCGGCGGGUACCGGACCAUAUGGUCCCUACUGGCCCGAUGGUGUCUAUAUUCCCUAUCGCCCUGUGGCUUUCAGAGAGCCACGCUAUAACUCACCCAAUCCAUUCUCUAAACAGCUCACCCCUGCUAAUCUCCAGUUCUUCGACGCGGGGCAACCUCAAUUUAACCGAACAUCUAUACCCUCGAAUAACCAUGCUGAUUUGGGCGUGGCUUGGAAUCAACCUCCGCUAGGAAUGCUCAAUCAUGACACGCCGGUGAAGAACAACUUUCCUCCUCGACACUCAGAUCACAAGCCUCUCGAUCUCUCGCAGCGCAUCCUUCCUUUACACACGCGGCAGAAUACCAUCAGCGCCGGAUACUCGUCGCGCCAGCAUAAUCACGAAACAAUCCCCUCAUGGCAGGGCAGCUCGACCGGGCAAGGGUUUCAGAAUGCAGGCCCUACUCCUCAUGCGCGUGCGGCGAAUGUGGAAUUCAAGGAAAAGGUUUUGUCAUGGGCUCAUAGUGUCUAUGUUGAUCUUCUGGCAUCUAUCCACCAGGCGCGACGAAAUAGCAUGUCGUCAGCCGGCGGUGAUAUCCAAAACCAGCGCCUUCUAAAACCUAGCAUUUAUCCCAAGCCACCGCGUCAGCCUGGACUCGAUUUCUCACAUUCCAGUGCCCCGGAAGUUACUCGUCACAACAGCUACCCCUCGAGCCAGUACGACCUUCACCAUGUGCAAAAGUCCAACUUCUCGAACGGUGGGGGUAAUGACACCUAUCGUCAACCCGGUCGCCUCUCGCUCGCCAAUACCCAACAAGCAGCAACAUCGGACGCCCAGAUGCUGGACCGACUUCGCCAUACGGGGAGGUUUGCGACGUCGUUUUCUCGCCUUCCCGUCGCACCCUUCGGGAAUGAGUCUUCCGCGACAGCAAAUGCCAUCUCGUCUUUGGAGAUGCUUUCCCAUCUUUGCAUGGAGAGUAAUUGGGAAUGGAUCGAUGGAAUGCUGCUUGGAGGGUGUCUUGCCUACGGCCUUGGCGAUUACCAUAAGGCGACGAGGUGGUACACUAGAAUAAUAAACAGGGAUUCAACGCAUGUCGAGGCCAUAUCAAAUCUAGCGGCCACGCUUUUGGCAUUGGAUCGUCGCGAGGAGGCACUCCAACAUUGGCUCCGUGCAGUGAAACUUCGCCCAAGCUUUUUUGAGGCUGUCGAGCACCUGAUUGGCCUCUUAUGUGGUAGCCAUCGUGGCAAAGAAGCUGUCAACAUCAUCGAGUUCGUGCAGAACUCUCUGCGGUGCCCUAAGAAUGGAGAUUGUUUCACCACCGAUGAACAUGCUAGCGAGACCGAGAGCGACGCAGAUAGCAGAGCAUCGAGCACCUCGGAUCUUGGCUCCUACGAAAAAGCAUCAUUCGAUUACGACGAUGAUUUAGGUCACUCGGCGUCUGCCACUCAUCGUUCGACAGAGCCCAAAUCCCCUGGCUUUGGCUCCAGCGGCUACGCCAUACCUGGCUGCGACAACGGUCGAAUGCUUGCGCUUAUUCAUGCAAAGGGCAACAUGCUCUAUGCACUAGGAGAUAAUGCCGCGGCCGCGGCUGCUUUCGAAGAUGCCAUUCUAGUUGCAGCCGGGCGAAGACGCCAUGGCAUCCAAAGUCUGAUCAAACAAAUCUUUGCCGCUUUCUCCCAAGAUUCGCCUCAAGGGUAUCCUGCACCCGAGCAGCCCAAUUCUUCCGAAACCAUCCUUCUCUAUCCCGAUAAGGCUUUGCAGACUUCGAAGCUAGUAUUUGUGCCUUGCGGGACUCCUCCGGGCAUAAAGUACGUUGCAGAGGGCUUGGCACGGAAGGCAGCCGUAUCCACCACGAGCAACUCACUGCUCUCCUUGGCCAAGAUAUAUCAGGAUGGUAUGUCUAACAUUUCAUCCUCGGGUGCUCCUAGGACGGCACCGGGCGUUCGGGACAUUCUCGCCCUCUACUACCUCUCUCUUUCUCUUCAGCCCAGCCCGUCAACCGCAAACAAUGUCGGUAUAUUGCUUGCUGGUAUCCAGAACAAUGCCGCAAAGAAAGGAUUCUCUCGAUCCAGCGGAGAGAUGCAGCAUCCUGAAAUACCUGGCGUGAUUCCUGGCAGUGGUAUCUCACUGGCAUUGGCAUACUACAAUUAUGGUUUACACCUGGACUCGCGUCAUGCUCACCUUUAUACGAAUCUUGGUAGUCUGCUCAAGGAUAUUGGCCAGCUUCAGGCCGCCAUUCGAAUGUACGAACAGGCCGUGCAAUGUGAUGGUAACUUUGACAUUGCCCUGGCGAACUUGGCAAAUGCUGUCAAGGAUGCCGGUAAGGUCAAUGAUGCUAUCUCAUACUACAAGCGGGCGGUCAAGGUAAAUCCCGAUUUUGCCGAAGCCGUCUGUGGGCUGGCAAAUGCUUUGAAUUCGGUCUGCAAUUGGGCCGGUCGAGGGGGCGUUGUUAACAGCUAUGGAUUCCGAGACCGGUGGCACGUCGACGAGCAAGGAAUGCUCCGAGAUGCGUACAGCAACGAAACAGGUUGGAUCAAGCGUGUCGUUGACAUCGUCGACCGACAACUUGGAGAAGGCGAGACCUGGGGCCGGGGCUUACUUACACCCAGUACCAUCGCGCAAUUGUGUGCGCAGCUGACACCCGCGCUGGAGAGUCGGCGGUUCGCGUCCGAGACCAUGUCCUCUAUCCUCCAGUCCUGGGCUGGGGAGAAAUGGGAAGGUUCAAGAAUUGUUAAGCUGGUGGAGCGCGCUACCAGGUCAAUCACUUGGCAGUGGUACCAGGAUCUCUACGUCAGCCGCAAGGAAUACCCUCUGUCCAAGUAUAGACGCCCUCAGCUGCCCCCGGGACUAACGGCUCCCAAUGCUCCCACCGUCUUGCCUUUCCACACAUUCACCUGUCCUCUUUCAGCCAAACAGAUUCGACAAAUCUCGCAGCGGAACGGACUCCGUAUAUCCUCUUCAACUUUGAGGUCCCCCUGGCUACCGGGCACCGUCUAUCCGCCGCCGCCGCCGCCAAAUCCGUAUCUCAAGGUUGGAUAUGUGUCUUCGGAUUUCAACAACCACCCUCUUGCUCAUUUGAUGCAAUCUGUGUUUGGGCUGCACAACCCUUCUAGAGUCAAAGCAUACUGUUACGCCACCACCGCAAGUGACAAAUCGAUUCAUCGCCAACAGAUCGAGAAGGAAGCGCCGGUGUUCUACGAUGCUAGCGGUUGGCCGGUCGACCGACUGGUGAAGCAAAUCGUCGCAGACGGAAUCCACAUCCUCAUCAAUCUAAACGGUUACACUCGAGGCGCCCGAAAUGAGGUCUUCGCAGCACGCCCUGCGCCAAUUCAUAUGUCGUUCAUGGGCUUCGCCGGGACCCUCGGUGCUGAAUGGUGUGAUUAUAUCCUUGCAGACAGUAUCUCCAUACCGCCUGAGACGCUUUCUCCCGGCCGACGCCACGCACGCAUCGACGACCGACUGUUAGAGGAAGACCAUGGUGAGGAUCUUGAGGAUUGGGUUUACGGCGAGAAAAUCGUCUUCACCCGUUCGACAUUCUUCUGCUGCGAUCAUCGACAAAGUGCUCCCGACAGUCAAGACGGGCCCCUCUCCUGGGAGCAGGAACAAGAAAAAAGAUGGCGCAUGCGCAAGGAGUUGUUCCCCAACCUGAGCGACGACGCGAUCAUUCUGGGUAACUUCAAUCAACUAUACAAGAUUGAACCCACGACUUUCCGUACCUGGCUGCGUAUAUUGGCAAGGAUUCCGAAUGCCGUUCUUUGGCUCCUGAGAUUUCCGGACCUUGGUGAGCAGAAUCUCAAAGAAACGGCAAUUGCUUGGGCCGGGGAAGAGACCGCGUCGCGGAUCAUCUUUACGGACGUUGCACCGAAGAACACCCACAUCUCUCGGGCCAAAAUCCUAGAUCUCUUCCUCGAUACCCCUGAGUGCAAUGCGCACACGACAGCGACGGAUGUCUUGUGGAGUGGGACCCCAAUCUUGACGCUCCCUCGUUACAAAUACAAAAUGUGUUCUCGCAUGGCAAGCAGCAUCUUGAACAGUGCCUUGCCCAACUCGGAUGAUGGCCGAAAAGCCCGGGAGGAGCUGAUCGCCACGUCAGACGAUGAUUAUGAAAGCAAGGCUGUCCGCCUGUGUCUGGACUUGCAAUAUGAGUCCCGCGGACACGGCCGUGCCCGAGGCAGGCUGUCGGACAUCCGCAAAAUGUUAUACCAUGGGAGAUGGACCAACAAACUCUUUGAUACCACUCGUUGGGUCCAUGACUUAGAAGAUGCUUACGAACAAGUUUGGAAAGGGUGGGUGAAUGGCGAAGAAGGUGAUAUAUGGUUAUGA